ACUACAUGUGAUAUUCAAACAUAUAUUUUCUUUUGGCGGCCCCACUUGAGGCCAUAUUCUUCUAAACCCCAGCAUUAGUGUCAAUUAGAUGGGAAAAUAAAAUAAAAAAAGGCUUAAGAUGUUUUUCUCUCUUUAGUAGUAUAAAUGGCCAAACAAUGGCAUCUAAUAUCACACCAAAUAAGCUUCAAUGCAAAUCCUAACAUUCCUAGAAAGUCUCUUGCAUUAAAUUGGCAAAGAAAAGUACAACAGAGAUUGUAUAAUUAUUAGUAUUGAAUUCUAGAUACACCUCUCUGGCCCAUUAUUCAUUUAACGGGCCACCAAAUAGCUGGCCCCACUUUACUAAUUGUCCUAAAAGUCGAACCGAACGUGUUCGCUCGCUCACCAACUAUGUUCCACACAUUACUUAAAAGGUCUCUCGGUCUUUGUCGUACUUGUACCCAAUCUCCAACGUCCUCUCUCGUUUAUUUUUCAAAAAAAUGUCGCCGUCCUUUUGCUCCGGCCGUUUCUCCGUCGCUCUCUUCCUCGUUAUCUCCGCCGUUCCCAUCUCUUACCUCGUUUCCCUCGAGCGAGCCGUUCCUCCCACGCACGUGUUCUCUUACCAUAGCUCCGGCUUCUUCCGCGAGUGCGCUAAAUGGGACGACGCUGGUCGGAGAUUCCUCGUCUCCUUCAUGGACGGAGGCGGAAUCGGCGAGGUCGUUCCUUCCGACGACGGUGACAUCGACGCUCUUCGGGAAGUCACUUUGGUCAAAGACGCUGACCUCGCCGGAAACGCUUCCCUCGGAAUCGUUAUCGACCGCGACAGGAACCGUCUCCUCGUCGCCGUCGCAGAUUUGCUUGGGAAUCGUUAUAGCGCUUUAGCUGCUUACGAUAUGUCCACGUGGCGCCGCGUCUUCCUAGCUGAGCUUAGCAGCCAGAGUAAGGAGAAAUCGUUUGCGGACGAUGUAGCUGUUGAUGCACGUGGCAAUGCUUAUGUGACCGAUGCAAAAGGAAGUAAAAUCUGGAAAGUUGAUGUCAAUGGAGAGCUUGUCUCAACCAUUGAGAGCCCUCUCUUCACUCCACCUGGAUGGUACAAUAACAUGGUUGCUCUUAACGGCAUUGUUUAUCAUCCGGAUGGUUUCCUUAUCGUCAUCCACACUUUCUCCGGUCUCUUAUACAAAAUCGACCUGACUGACGAUAAGGUCACUGUGGUUGAAGUUACUGGCGGCACGUUGAGGUUUGGUGAUGGGCUUGAGUUGUUGUCUCCCACUAAGAUUGUUGUUGCAGGUAGUCCUUCUGCGAGAUUGGUGAAGAGCUCGGACGGGUGGCGGACAGCUACUGUAACAGGUUGGUUCAGUACCGGUAUGGUUCACCGGAUAGUCUCGUCUGCUACUUUGAAGGAAGGAAGAGUUUAUCUAAACCACAUUGUUGGAUUUGGCUCUAACAAGAGACACAUACUUGUAGAAGCUGUGUUUUAGAUUGUUUAGUGUUUGUUAAUCUCCUCUUAAUGUCUCUUUAAUGAUUCUAUUGAAAUGAUGUAAAGCCUCUCUUUAUCAAAUUUCAUUUAAUCUCUAGUAUAAGAUAAACAAUCGUUAACAUC